GUUGUAACCAGCGGCAACCAGCGCUUAGGUGCUCUAAGCCUGUUUCCCUUCUCCUCCUGUGAACGUUACCGCCUCCUCUCUAGCCCCACUACUGAGGAUGGAUGAGGAGCUAUACUCGAGGCAGCUGUAUGUACUGGGACUGCCUGCUAUGGAGAGGAUCCAGGAAGCCAAAGUCUUGCUAUGUGGCCUGCAGGGUCUGGGAGCUGAGGUAGCCAAGAACCUGGUCCUUACCGGAGUGGGCAGCCUCACUCUGCAUGAUCCCCAUCCCACCUGCUGGGCUGAUUUGGCUGCUCAGUUUUUCCUCUCAGAAGAGAGCUUGGGAAGGAGCAGGGCUGAGGCCUCUCACGCACAAUUGGCGCAGCUCAAUGAAGCUGUCCAGAUCUCCGUCCACAAAGGCGACCUCACCGAGGACCUCCUGCGGGGUUUCCAGGUAGUGGUGCUGACUGACUCCAAGCUGGAGGACCAACUGAAGGUGGGAACCUUGUGUCACAAGCAUGGAGUCUGCUUCCUGAUGGCCGAAACCCGGGGCCUUGUGGGGCGGCUCUUCUGUGACUUUGGUGAGGACUUCACUGUUGUGGACCCUACCGAGGCAGAACCCAUGACAGCUGCCAUCCAGCACAUCUCUCAGGGCUCCCCCGGCAUUGUCACCCUGAGAGGAGGCCCCUUUUAUGAUGGGGACAUGGUGAUUUUCUCAGACAUUGAAGGCAUGGUUGAACUCAACAGUCAUUCUCCACAGCCUGUCCGUGUGCAGAAAGAUGGGUCCUUGGAGAUUGGAGAUACAACAACUUUCUCCCGUUACUUGAGAGGUGGGGUGGUCACCGAAGUCAAGAGACCCAAGACUGUGAGGCAUAAGCCCCUGGACAUAGCUCUGCUUCAGCCCCAAGUGGUGGCCCAGAAUACUCAGGAAGUACAACGUGCUCAUUGCCUACAUCAGGCCUUCCAUGCACUGCACAAGUUCCAGCAACUUCAUGGCCGGCUACCCAAGCCCUGGGAUCCUGAUGACGCAGAGAUCGUGGUGGGGCUGGCCCAGGACCUAGAGCCACUAAGAGGGACAGAAGAAGAGUCGCUGGAUGGGGCUCUACUCCGGACAAUUGUCCUGAGUAGUGCUGGUAGCUUAAGCCCCAUGGCAGCCAUUCUGGGAGGUGUGGCUGCUCAGGAAGCCCUGAAGGCAAUCUCCAGGAAGUUCAUGCCCCUGGAUCAGUGGCUGUACUUUGACGCACUUGAAUGUCUUCCAGAUGAAAAGCUCCUUCCCAGUCCUGAGGACUGUCAUCCAAGAAACUGCCGAUACGAUGGGCAAAUUGCUGUGUUUGGGACUGGUCUUCAGGAGAAACUGAGCUGCCAACACUACCUCCUGGCGGGUGCUGGUGCCAUUGGCUGUGAGAUGCUCAAAGUCUUUGCCCUAGUGGGUCUGGGAGUUGGGGCUAAUGGAGGUGUGGCUGUUGCUGACAUGGACCACAUAGAGCACUCCAACCUCAGCAGGCAGUUCCUCUUCAGGCCCAAGGACAUUAGGAGGCCCAAGGCAGAGGUGGCCGCAGCAGCAGCCCGUCGUCUAAACCCAGAUCUACAAGUGACUGCACAUACCUACCCACUGGAUCCCACCACAGAGGGCAUCUAUGAUGACAGCUUCUUCUCCAGGGUGCACGGUGUCGUUGCUGCUUUGGACAGUUUCCAGGCCCGGCACUAUGUUGCUGCUCGAUGCACCCACUAUCUGAAACCGCUGCUUGAGGCAGGCACCCAGGGAACCCGGGGGAGUGCUUCAGUGUUUGUGCCAGAAGUGACUGAAGUCUACAGAGGUCCUGCCUCAGAUUCUGAGGAUGCUCCUUACCCUGUGUGUACCCUGCGGCACUUCCCCAGCACGAUGGAGCACAGCCUGCAGUGGGCCCAGAAAGAAUUUGAGGAGCUCUUUAGACUAUCUGCAGAGACCAUCAAUGGCUACCAACAACAGACAUGCACUUCCCCGUUGGGCACGGAUUGGACAGGAACACUGGCCUUACUGCAGCAAGUGAUGGGUGUCCUGAGAACUCGCCCACAGACCUGGAGAGACUGCGUGGUGUGGGCUCUUGGCCACUGGCAACUGUGUUUCCAUGAUAGCAUCCUGGAACUGCUGAGGCACUCCUCAUCUGAUAAAGUGCUUGAGGAUGGAACUCUGUUCUCAUCAGGAUCCAAAAAGUGGCCACAUCCCUUGCACUUUGACCCCAACCAAGACAUGCAUUUCCUCUACAUACUGACAGCUGCCAACUUGUAUGCACGGAUGCAUGGGCUGCCUGGCUCACAAAGUCGGCCUGCACUCAGGGAACUGCUGAAGGGGCUGCUAGAGUCUGAUCCCACACCCCAGAACCUCUUCUCUGCUGAGCUUGGCCAGGAACAGUUGAAGGAACUGCAGGAAACCCUGGACGACUGGAGGAAGGGGCCCCCACUGAAACCUGUGCUGUUUGUGAAGGUGGGGUCCCAAGAUGGGGUGAAGAACUGGGUUUCAGGGGAGGUAAGGAAGCAGGGCAGUUUGAGAACCUGGGUUUCCUCCCGUCGAGGCUGUAGAAGCAGCUCACUCCCCUUGCAUCUUGGCCGCACUGUAUGGCAAAGGAGAGAGAUGGUGGCUACCCAACCACAAAACUGUACAGAAGCCUGUCAGUGGCCUACAGGUGGCCAUGCUGAGAGAUGCCACUGCAGUGUUGACACUCCUGUGAUCUGGGCCUGGCAGGAUGAUGACAGCAACUUCCAUGUGGAUUUUGUGGUAGCAGCGACAGACCUGCGAUGUCAGAACUAUGGGAUCCUACCAGUUAACCAUGCGCGGAUCAAGCAAAUUGUGGGCCGGAUUAUCCCAGCCAUUGUCACCAGUACAGCAGUUGUGGCAGGCUUACUGGGCCUGGAGCUGUAUAAGGUGGUAAGUGGACACCGGUCCCGUGGUACCUUUCGUCACAGCUGUCUGCACCUGGCUGAAAACCACUUCAUGCGCUCGGCACCUUCUGCCCCAGCCGUCCAGUCGUUCCGUCACCUGGAAUGGACCUCUUGGGACCGCCUGAAGGUGCCUGCUGAGCAGCCUGAGAGGACACUGGAAUCACUGCUGGCCCAUCUCCAGGAAGAACAUGGACUAAAGGUGGAAAUGCUGCUCCACGGACAGGCUCUGCUCUAUUCUUCAGGGUGGUCAUUUGAAAAGCGGGCUCAGCACCUGUGCCUCAGGGUGACAGAACUGGUUCAGCAGGUGACCGGCUGGAAGCCCAAGCCUGGGCUGAAGGUUCUGGUGUUCGAACUGAGCUGUGAGGGCGAGGAGGAUGAAACGGCCUUCCCACCUCUGCAUUACGAGCUGUGACAAGAUGGCUAGCCACCUUGCCACCACUUGGCCAUAAUGAACUCUGCAUAAAAUUCCUGCAUCUUCAGCCCACAGCAAAGACUUCAACAAUAAAAACUUGUUGAAGGAAGGUA